AUGAGUCUCAAAAAAAUAUUAUCACUGAAAAAAUAUCCAUUUAUUCAACAAAUAAACGGAUCAAAUGUAUUGACUCCUCUUUCACAACAAAUUAAACAAAACAUUGCAAUUGAAUGGAUUAAAAACAUCAGUCGUUUACCAUCUGUUGAGAUAUUUGUCACACCUUUUAACUCAUACACUGAACCCAUAGUCAACACUCACACCAAUUCAUUGAAAGCAAUUUUAGAUAAUUAUAGUAAACAUUACAGAGUUUGGAGUGAAGGCAGCACUCAAUCAAUUGGUGUAAUUCAACAGUUUGUUUGUUGUAAUGAUAAUCAUUUAAAUUCAUUUAUUAAUACAAACACAAAUGUUUGUUUAGGAUUUGCACUUUUUUGUCAAAAACAUGAAAGCCUUUAUUGGUUUCAAAAACUUCAGGGAAAUCAAUAUCAAUGGUUUAGAAAUUUAUCGAAAUUUCCUUUAAAAUCAAAAUUUUGUUGUGAACUUCAAGAAAGUGAUAGCAAAUGGGUUUUAAAUUAUAAAACACAAGACAUGAAUUUGCAAUUGCUAUCAAUGAAGUACUUUAGUAAUUCAUCGGUUGAAACAACUCUAGGACUUACCGAUUGUCACGUUAUUUCAUGUAAUGUCUAUUUGGAUAAUACUUUGUUAUCAAUUAUUAGCGAUUCAUAUACCGAUAAAGUUUACAAAACUGGUAAACCAAAGAAAAAAAUGAAAUUUGAUACAUCAUUGGCACCGUUUAAAGUUGGGUUUACUUUUAGAGAUAGUGUUAAACAAAACGGCAUACUUAAAGAUUUAGCAGAAUAUCUCAUUGAAUCACUUAAAUUGUUUAAUAUAUCAAUCCUACCAUUUACACCAAAUAAGUUAAUUUCAAUUGAAAGUUGUGAUGAAUUGGGAAUUCCCUACACUGUUAUUCUCGACGAUGAAAGCAUUGAAAAAGGUGUGGUUGGCCUCAGAAAUAGAGACACAGACACUGAGGAAAGCGUUCACAUAUCACGAUUUCAACAGACAUUAUGUCUAUAUCUUAAUGUCAUUCAUCCGUCAAGUAUUCGUAAUAAAUAUUAA